AUGCUGGUUCUCUUGAUAGCCAACUUGAUCAUCCUUCCAGUGGCCAUUUCCUUCUUCAACGACGAUCUCAGCAUGCACUGGAUUGUCUUCAACUGCAUCUCGGACACUGUUUUCUUCCUGGACAUUGUCAUUAACUUCAGAACAGGGAUCAUUCUGAACGACUUUGCUGACGAAAUCAUCCUAGACCCAAAGCUGAUUGCUAAACAGUACCUGAAGACCUGGUUUUUCCUGGAUCUGCUCAGCUCCAUCCCUAUGGAUUACAUCUUCCUGAUGUGGGACUCUGAAGCAGACUUCAACCAGCUCUUCCAUGCAGUACAAAAUCCUUUGCGCAAACAAUUGCGCAUCACUUCCACGUUUCUUCUUCUGCGUUUACUUCAAUUUAAC